CUCUCUCUCUCUCUCUCUUUUCCUUUCAUUUCUCGUGUCUUUUUUUGCUUACUACUGCAAAAACAAGCAACAGCUACUUAACCAAAACUCUCCCUUUCAGUUUGAUCCUCUGGUUGCUUAGUAUAAACAACACAGUGAAGAAUACACAACAAAGAGUCAAAACCCACUAUUUGUUGAGGGUUCUUUAGCCACCUAGAUCUUGUUUAACGCUUUCAACUCCACCAGGUUAACAAAACAGGAUACGGAUUCUUUACUUACAUAUAGUUUCAAGAUUUUCCAUCUCUUUUUACUAAAAGAACCUUCUUUUUGAUCUGGGUCUUCCUUUUUUUUUGUUUGUUUCCUCUGUUUCUUGUGCUUCUUUGAUAGUUGUGGUUUUUGCUGGGGUUUUUGAUCUGGUUUCUAUGCUUAGCUGCAUUGUGCGGUAGAGAACAAGACGUGAGUUUUUUCAAUGGAAAAGAAUUCAGGUAAAGGAAAGGCAAAGGAGAAUAUGGAUUUUCAAGGUUAUGGCUUGAGGGAUAACCCCAAGAAAUCCUGGAAAUCCUUAAGCUUUACUGAUGGUAGUUCUAGUUCAAUGCUGAAGUUUCAAUGCAAAGUUUGUGGCAAAGAUUUUGAGUCAAUGAAAGCUUUGUUUGGUCAUAUGAGGCACCAUUCUGGGAGAGAAAGGAAAAGAGUUAACUGUCAAGAAUGUGGCAGGAAGUUUCAGUCUUUGAAGGGUCUUACUGCUCAUAUGAGGUUACACCCUGUGAAGCUUAGGGUCUCAGGUGAACCAGGGCCUGGUGGUCCAAGGCAAGACCUGGUCUUGGAGAGCAUAACAGUGAGGAAAAAGAGAUCAAAAAGAAUGAGGUACAGUAAUGCGCCAAAUUCUUCACCUUCUAGCUUGAAUGAAUCUUCUGAUGUAUUUGAAAUUGAUCAAGAAGUGGAAGAUGUUGCGUUAUGCUUGAUAAUGCUGUCUUGGGGUGUAAGGAAUUGGAGUGAAUUCAAUUCUUCUAGGGAGUCUUCUGAUAAUUCUGUGAUUAAAUCUUUUCAUCAAAGUAAAGAAAUUAUACAGAACGAAAUUGGGAUUCCUUUUGGUGAUGGCGAUGAGUCUUUCCAGAUGAAGAAACCAAGAGUGGAUAAGUCUAAUCCCGAUGUUUCAGUUUCUAUGAAUGUUUUCUAUGAGAAGAAAAUAAGUGAAUGUAAAGAAUUGGAUUCUGGGAUUGUGACUGAUAAGGAAGAAAAGAUUGGAUCAGAAGCUCCCAAUGACAUGUUCUGCAGGGAUGUUGAAUUCAGGGUGUCUACGGUGGAAGAUGAAUCUGGAUUUGAAUUGUAUGCUACAGAAAUUGAGGAAAGAAAUUCAGGUGAAAAAAUGACCUUCAGGUCUAUUGAAGUAGAAUCAGGGCAGGAUUUGAUGGAAGGAUUGGAUUUAGCUGGUUUGGGAUCCACAAAGUUGAGUUCUUGCAAAGACGCCAUGUUUGAUGCUUGUGACGCUGAACCAGGAGGAAAUUCUUCGAACAAGCAAAUAUGUACUCCAUUGAAUUCUGAAAUGUCUGAUGAUUCCAAGAAAAAGAACAGAUACAAGUGCAGGAUCUGCGACAAGACUUUCAAAUCUCAUCAAGCCCUUGGUGGUCACCAAACAUUCCACAGAAAGAGUAACAGCUGUGCUAUAGAGCAGAUUGAGAAUUGUGAGAAAAACACCCAGAGUAGCAGUUCUCCUAAAACUGAGGCUAGUCCCAAAUUUCUGAGGGUUGAGAAUGUUGAGAAUUCAGUCGAGCAGGAAAUAAAUGGGGUGACAAGUAAUGGAACAAGUAGGUGUAAGGUGCACAAGUGCGGAAUCUGCUUUAAGGUUUUUGCAUCAGGGCAAGCUUUGGGUGGUCACAAGAGGUCUCAUAUCUUGAAAGAGUCUGAAACCAGAGACAAACAGCCUCCAAUGCAAAUAGGCUUUAUCUCUGAUGUACUUGAUCUUAAUCUCCCUGCUAUACACAAUGAAGAGGCUAAUGGUGAUGUUGGAUUCAAGUCAUGUCGGGUUGGAAGUGACUGCAAGAGUGAGCCUCUUGUCAGUCUAGUUGCUAACUGAUGAAAGGUGAAACCAGUUCUUCAAAUUUCCCAGAGUGUACGGACAGUGGUGGCUUUUCUUCCAGUUCCAAUGGUAAUUCAUGUUGGAGACCGGACCUUUGUGCCCCUAGCGUAAACUGGCACGCACUCAGUCACAUGUAGCUUACGUCUUUUAACUGAUUCUUGGUAUGGCGAAGUUCAUUGAUGCUUUUCUUUGA